AUGGCGGAAAGUGUGGAGAAUGAUAAAGAAAUGAGAUCACUGGCAUUAACGCCAACAUGGUCUGUUGCUACUGUUUUAACAAUCUUUGUUGCUGUUUCUUUGAUUGUGGAGCGCUCAAUUCACCACCUAAGCCAUUGGUUAAGGAAAACCAAUCGAAAACCUCUGCUUGCAGCUGUGGAGAAGAUGAAAGAAGAGUUAAUGCUGCUUGGAUUCAUAUCGCUCCUUCUAACAGCAACCUCUAGCACAAUAGCCAAUAUUUGCAUUCCAUCAAAGUUCUAUGAUAGCACCUUUGCUCCAUGCACCAAGUCUGAGAUUGAUGAAGAACUUGAGGAUGGUUCUUCGAAGGAGCGUAAGCUUAUGAUGGCUUCUGGUUUUCACUUAUUCAGGAGAAUGUUGAAUGGCAUGAAUCAGAAUACCUGCAAAGAGGGUCAUGAACCAUUUGUCUCUUAUGAAGGUCUUGAGCAGUUGCAUCGCUUCAUCUUUGUCAUGGCAAUCACACAUGUAUCUUACAGUUGCUUAACAAUGUUGCUGGCAAUUGUGAAGAUUCAUAGUUGGAGAGCAUGGGAGGAUGAAGCUCAAAUGGAUCGACAUGAUUUACUAAAUGAAAAAGCACGAGAGUCGAUACUGAGAAGGCAAACAACAUUUGUCAUAAACCACACAUCAAACCCCUUGACCAAAAAUAGUCUCUUUAUCUGGGUGAUAUGUUUCUUCCGGCAAUUUGGGCGUUCAGUGGUUCGUGCAGACUAUCUGACACUCCGCAAGGGCUUCAUAACGAAUCACAACCUGACAUCAAAGUACGAUUUUCAUAGCUAUAUGAUUCGCUCUAUGGAGGAAGAAUUUCAAAAGAUAGUUGGUGUUAGUGGUCCACUUUGGGGAUUUGUUGUUGCCUUCAUGCUGUUCAACGUGAAAGGGUCUAAUCUGUAUUUCUGGAUAGCGAUCAUUCCGAUUACUCUUGUUCUUCUUGUGGGUGCAAAGCUACAGCAUGUCAUCGCAACCUUGGCACUGGAGAAUGCUAGCAUAACUAGCUUUUAUACUGGAGCAAAGCUGAGGCCUCGAGAUGAACUUUUCUGGUUUAACAAGCCAGAAUGGUUGUUGUCCCUUAUCCAUUUUAUUCUGUUCCAGAAUGCAUUUGAACUGGCUUCAUUUUUUUGGUUCUGGUGGCAGUUUGGCUAUAAUUCAUGCUUCAUCCGGAACCAUACGCUUGUUUAUAUACGACUUAUUUUGGGGUUUGCUGGGCAGUUUAUCUGUAGCUACAUCACUCUGCCACUCUAUGCCCUGGUUACUCAGAUGGGAACAAACUACAAGGCAGCACUAAUUCCACAAAGGAUAAGGGAGACAAUCCACGGAUGGGGUAAGGCAGCAAGGAGAAAGAGGAGGCAUGGGCUUUUCCCUGAUGAUUCAACCAUACAUACAGACACAAGCACGGUAAUGUCACUUGAGGAAGAAGAUCACCAAUUCAUUGAUAUUAAUGAAGCUGGCAAUAGUACAUACACUGAGAUAGAGUUGCAACCACCAGCUAAUAUCACAGCCAGUCCUUCCCCAGUUGCUAAUGAAACUUCGAGUAGGGUUGGUACACCUCUACUUAGACCGUCUGCUACUAUUUCUUCAUCGACUAUGUCUAGUCUUCAGAAGGAAGAUUUCCAAAGAUCAUCUUCUAUGCCUGCUAGAAGAGAAUGACACAAGUACAGCAAUUGUGUAGUAUUGCUUGUAGGUAUACGGAAAAAGACUAACAAAGUGUAUACUAUUACUGAUUUAGGCUUUGCAUGGUUCUUAAAAUGUAUGAGGAAAUUAUAUGGAAAGUGCUUGAAUUAUAUUCCUUACAAGCACGCAAUUUCUUCACAUUCCCCUCUGUUCAAAAGACUCGUAGGUGUACAGAUUGUACCAUGUUGUAAGUUGUAGCUGCAAAUUUAUAAAACAAGGAAACCAAUACGUGGGGUUUAUUGUAAUUGAUUAUCUCACUUUCUGAUUGUCAA